CAGCCUCACUGUGACAUUCGAACUGCUCUGUAACUGAACUUGGAAGUUCUGCUUACGGGCACGCAGCAGAGUCCCGUGGAUUGUUUUUCUCCUGUUUUCCCUUCUGCGGCUUUCUUCAGAGGUUUUUGCGGCUGUCUGUUUUUAGGCACUAUCAAGUGAAGCAUGGAAUUCCAAAGCCGAGGGCGCUCCUAUGUCAUUCCAGAGAAUGAAGAAAUCUCGCACGCUUCUCAGACUGUGCAUAAUGGCCACGGAAAUGAAGGGGAGAGAGCAGUGUCAAAACUGCAACGUAGGCACAGUGACGUAAAAGUAUACAAAGAGAUAUGUGACUUUUAUGCAAGAUUCAACAUGGCAAACGCUCUUGCGAAUGCCAUGUGUGAGCGCUGUCGAGGGGGCUUUGCACCUGCAGAGAAGAUUGUGAACAGCAAUGGUGAACUGUAUCACGAACAGUGUUUUGUGUGUGCCCAGUGCUUCCAGCAAUUCCCUGAAGGACUGUUUUAUGAGUUUGAAGGAAGGAAGUAUUGUGAACAUGACUUUCAGAUGCUGUUUGCCCCUUGCUGCCAUCAGUGUGGGGAGUUCAUUAUUGGUCGUGUCAUUAAAGCAAUGAACAAUAGCUGGCAUCCAGAAUGUUUCUGCUGUGAUAUCUGCCAACAGGUACUGGCCGACAUUGGAUUUGUGAAGAAUGCUGGCAGGCACCUUUGCCGUCCCUGCCACAAUCGAGAGAAAGCCAGGGGCCUGGGCAAGUACAUUUGCCAGAAAUGCCAUGCAAUCAUUGAUGAACAGCCUCUCAUCUUCAAAAAUGAUCCCUAUCAUCCAGAUCACUUCAACUGUGCCAACUGCGGAAAGGAGCUUACUGCUGAUGCUCGAGAAUUGAAGGGGGAGUUGUACUGCUUGCCUUGCCAUGACAAAAUGGGGGUCCCCAUCUGUGGAGCAUGCAGGAGACCUAUUGAAGGGCGAGUGGUGAAUGCAAUGGGCAAACAGUGGCACGUCGAGCAUUUUGUGUGUGCAAAGUGUGAGAAACCAUUCCUGGGACACCGCCACUAUGAGAGAAAGGGACUGGCAUAUUGUGAAACCCAUUACAAUCAGCUGUUUGGUGAUGUUUGCUUCCACUGUAAUCGUGUGAUUGAAGGAGAUGUUGUCUCAGCCUUGAAUAAGGCCUGGUGUGUCAACUGCUUCGCAUGCUCCACUUGCAACACUAAGUUAACUCUCAAAAACAAAUUUGUGGAAUUUGACAUGAAGCCUGUCUGUAAGAAGUGCUAUGAGAAGUUUCCUCUGGAGCUCAAGAAAAGACUGAAGAAAUUAGCAGAAACUUUGGGGAGGAAGUGAGGCCGAGCUUCAGAUUUCAUCUUGCUGCAUAAAAACUAGGAAACAGUACUGUUGUUACAGAAGACUUAUUUGUUGAGUCGUUGGAACCCAAGCAACUCCCUCCCUCAUUCCUGUCUGCAUGACUAGCUUCAUAAUGAAAUUGUUGCCUGGCCACUUUGAAAAUAUACCUCUUUAAAAAACCUUUUACAUCUUGCAUAAUCUCAUAUCCAACAAUUAAAAUCCUGUAUUUUACACACACACACACACAUAUUUGUAGAUGCGUACAUCAUAUUUGCAGAGUAAAUGGCAGAUAAAAACUGGGACAUUUAUAUACCGCAGUGGGAUCCAUUUCAGUGGACAGGGGGCACCACUUAGCAUACUCCUUUGCAGGUAGCCACCUGAACUUUCCUAAGAAGACUUCAGUGGGCUCUGAAGAGCAUAUCUCUGCUUAUGACACUGAAAAUUACUUCUCUGAGUUCAGAGUAACUCUCACCAAUUGGGCCAACUUUAUUUUUCCACCAGGGCUUGGUGGGGGGACAACGACAUGCGAGGCCAGGAAGAGACAAAAGAAAAACUCUUGACAGUUUGUAGGAACAUAGCAUGAACACAUAUAUGAGAGCAGAUAGCUACAUAACAGCUAAAAUAUUCAUCUCUGGAUUCAGUAUUGAUAAGGUAGUUCCCUUCCACUAAACUACUCCUGGUAUAAAUGAGGAAUUAACUUGGUGGAAGGUUCCAACUUUUGGUGCUAAUUUUCAUUCUUCUUUGUGCCCUGGUACAGCCAGCCUGAAAUAUUCAGCAUGUAGAUGGCCUACAAAUCAUGAGUAUUUUUUAAAAAGAAACAAAACACAAAGAGUUAUUCUUGAUUGCCUCUUUGUUUUUGAGCCAAUGGGACGUUACGGACACAUUUUUGGAUGCUCUGUUCUUACUCUGAAGGCUGGAAGCUUUUACAACAGAACAGCACUCUCAACAUUUAGGAGGAAUCUAUUGUCAGAAAGCCUCUUAAUGACUGCAAAGGAGAGCCAUGUUAGCCUACCAUAGUAGAACCAACCAAAGUCCAAUGGCCCAGUGAAAACAUCCUGGACAUAGCAGGGUUUUUUUUCCUUUACCAUUCUUUGGAUACCCAUUUUAAAGACUAUUUCAUAAUAUGCAGAAAUGCUGUAUUGUUCAAAGAUUAUUAAGGUUUGGCAUUUACAGUGCAAUCUUUUGUAGGUUUACUCAGAAUAAGGUCAUGCUUUUUUCAAUGGGUUUGCUCCCAGGUUAAGUGAACAUAGGACUGCAACCUUAAUCUGUGUUGAGCAGAACAAAGUCCAUAGUUCUUAAAGCAACCUCAGCAAGACUACUCUGCAUUGCAUAAUUUUAGGAUUGCAUGCGAAAGUGGGAAACAGCAAUGUUUUGCUGUCACUAGCAAAGCUACUUGAGUUCUGCAGGAAUCAUUCUGUGUAACAGACAUGUUUCUGUGUGCUUUUGUAUUUCAUUUCCUUGUUGUGCCUUAUUCUGCUAUCCUUAUGCAAUAGUAGUCAAAGUAUUUACCCUUUAUAUAAUGUUAAUUUUGUAUUUUUAUGCAGAAAAUGUACACAGUAUUCCAAAAGAUGGCAUACAGUUAAGCUUUUUGGACUUACAAAUGCCUGAACUUUCAAGGCAUGUUUCUGUGCAGAUAUUUUAAAAUAGUACAUGAAAUAAAAUAGUCCCAGCUCCAACUGAGUAUAUACUGUAUUAAUGGAUCAAUAAAUACAGUGUUAUCUACUUUUUGAAACCUGUGGUGUUAAAUAAAUUGGCUCUUCC